AUGAAGCUCUUUUGGUGCUGCUUUUGUGCAGUUUUAGUAACUGUUUCUGGAGCUGCGUUGGACGUAGAAAAAACUGUGAAACAAGUCCAAAAUAUAUUACAAUCAAAUCAAUUGUUACCAAGAUUGACUAGAAAUGAAAUAAUACAACUGCUUAAUGAUAUCAGAGCUGAAGAUGCCAAAUCAACAUCAACUUCAACUUCAACGUCGACAGAAUCAAAGGAAAAUAAAAAAGAAACAGUGACAACGCCUUACAGUACAAUCGAAAACGAAAUAAAUCCUCAAGAGCCGAAAUUAAAUCCAAAUGUUGCUGAUAGCAAUAAAAAUAAGAAGGUUUCAUCACCACCUACGACAGUUGAAACGACCACGAAAAACGCUGAACCCACAUUGAUGGUGGUUCUACCCUACACACCACGUGAUGGAUCUUCAUUACAAGAAUUAUAUACAAGACCACCACGAACUGAAGUAGUUGCAUUGCCAAGUACUACCCCAAGACCAAAAAUAUCAAAAACCAAACAAAACACUGCAAAGCCAAAUAAUUACCUACCCGAAAAACUGAUUGAUAACUUUCCUGAAGAACUGCAAGCCUUUUUGGAUGCUCACGGCCUAGAAGGAAAACCAGGUCAAGAUCAUUUUCUACUACCUCUUGAAGGUUUCAAACCUCUACCACCCCCUAAAGUUGUAGAUGGUACAGUACAAUUACCCGAAAAUAUUCUACUUACUUAUGAUUUGAUAGCACCCAGCAGUGAUUCAAAAACUAAGAACGAUGGGGCUUAUUCUUUAUCACCAAACAAUUUCUUGUAUGAACCACUACGUCCGGAAUUACCAUAUGAAUUAGAUACAUCAUCUUCUGAAACAAAACAAAUCAGCCUUCCGUAUGACAUGCCAGUAAGAAAAACUAAAUCAGUUCCUGUACCAAAUUACGAACCCAUUGACUACGAAUCAGUGAAAGUGAUACCAUUAAAUAAGGGUAUUAAUCCAAUUAAUGAACAAGUGAACACAAAUAAUGAGCAAAGUAAAAGACAGGCAGAAGAAGCAAGUACAACAACGACUGAGAAAGUGGAAACUUCUUCAGCAGAAACUACUACAACCACCACUACUGAAGAACCUAAAACAAAUGCUGUAAGUGAUUCGUCAGUAUCUGCAGAUGACUCAGGAGCUUCGAUAGCUGAUCUGGAAGAUUCAUUCGGAGGAGCAGCACCUUCAGUUCCCGGAGAUUCAGAACUCCCACCUCCAAGGAAAAAUGGCUUCUACUGGAUGCUUGACUGGAACAGUUUCUUAGAAGUAGGCGAUGGUGACACAAAAGUAAACAUUCGUUUCGAACCAAAAUUAGGUGAUCCUCAAAUGUUUUUGCCAGUCACUGUCCCGUGA